CACAAAUCGGGCCGCCGGCCCCAACUGCAAUUGCGGUACCGUACCGGCGCGCCCGAAAUAUCAACGGCCGAAGCCGAGAGAUAUCCACUGGCCACUGGCCAGAGGCCACUGCCAAUCUCCUCACUGAGCUCCACGCCACUACCCUUCGCCACCAGCCAUGAUCAUCACCACCGCCGCAUUCCCGUCCGUCUCCUCCUUCCACCGCCCGCACCACAGGCCCUGCCCGCGCCGCGCAGUGCUCCAGCUCGUCCGGUCGGCCGCCUCCUCCUCCUCCUCCUCGGCGUGGGAGGAGCGCGAGGAAGCGCGGUGGCUACGCGAGGAACAGCGCUGGCUGCGAGAGGAGCAGCGCUGGCUCCGCGAGGAGUCGCGCUGGCGUGCCGAGCGCGAGGCCCUCCUCGCCGAGAUCACGGCGCUCCGUCUGCGCCUCCGCGCGCUCGAGCCGCUCCCGCCCGCCGCCAAGCCCGUGCCUCCUCCCGCACCGGCGGCGCGCGUCGCUCCGCCUCCGCCUCCCCCAGCACCGGCUGCGCGCGUCGCUCCGCCUCCGCCUCCCCCAGCACCGGCUGCGCGCGUCGCUCCGCCUCCGCAUCCCCCCGCGCCGUCUCCGCGCGUUGCUCCACCUCCGCCUGCGGCACGCGUGGCGCCACCUCCGCCGCCCGCGCCGGCGCCGGUGGCGGAGGAGGUCGAGGUGAGGAAGGAGGUGGUGGUGGUCGAGGAGAAGGCCAAGGCGAAGCCGAAACCGAAGGCGGGGGCCGGCAGCGGCAAGAAGCGGGCGCUGAGGGUCGGGAGCGAAGGCGAGGAAGUGCGGGCGAUGCAGGAAGCCUUGGAAAAGCUCGGUUUCUACUCGGGCGAAGAGGACACGGAGUUCUCCAGCUUCUCAACCGGCACCGAACGAGCCGUCAAGACAUGGCAGGCAUCGAUAGGGACUACGGAGGACGGCUUGAUGACGUCGGAGCUACUCGAGAUGCUAUUCACAGGACGGACCGAGGACGAUAUCAGAAAGGAAGGCGUAAACGGAGCACUUGUUCCACCUGUAACAGAAACUGCAGAGGUUCAGCAACCCGUGGAGGGAAAAAUUGACUACAACAAGCACAGAGUGUACCUUCUCGGCGAAAACCGGUGGGAAGAUCCAUCCAGGCUGACCAAGAAGGAUAAGCCGAUCAGCGGUUCUACUGCUGCGUCGACAAAGCAGUGCAUCACCUGCCGGGGCGAAGGCCGCCUCCUGUGCCUAGAAUGCGAUGGAACAGGUGAGCCCAACAUUGAACCGCAGUUCUUGGAGUGGGUUGGCGAAGACACAAAGUGCCCAUACUGUGAAGGCCUUGGCUACACUAUAUGUGAUGUUUGUCAAGGGAUUAAUACAGUGCACAGCUAAAGCAGAAGAAGAAUGAGCAACAUUCAGCCUUAGUUCAACGUCUAUGGCAGCUUAUAUAGAUGUUAACUAACUAUUCCAGUUUUGUCGCAACAUGUUUUCAGUAAUAUAAUCACAUUGUCAUACUACACUAUGAAAAUAGAUGCAUAGAGACCUAGGUAAUACCUUUUAUUAUGUACAAUAGAAAAUGGGGAAAAUAACGAAUGAAGCGAUUGCUUUGUCAA